GAACUUUCGAACUACUGAACAGAUUUUUCUGAUGGACAAAUUGAAGCUCAUUAGCUAGACAUUUUUGAAAAAAAUAUAAAAAAAAUGCGAAAAAAUUGAAUUUUGUUUUCGUAAUUAUUCAUUGUAUUUUAUUUGUUUUUCAUAGUUUUCAUAGUCUCGGAACCAAGGGCGCUCAAUUUUGAAAAAUCAUAAAUCAAGAACAUAAAAUAUCGCCUCUCCGAUUUUCAGAUAUGUUAUGUAACGAAACCUCAGCUUUCAAGAAAGAAAAAAAUAAGAAAAUAUAGUGCCCUUGGUCCCGAGACCAUGUAAACUAUAAAAAAAACAAAUACAAUCAAUAAUUACAAAAUUACUCGCGAAUAAGAAUCUAAUUUGUAUGAACAUAAACAUAUCAGUUGAACUGAGUGCAAUGAACUUGUAUUUUCGAGUGAUCGAUCAGAUGUACAUUCCAAUUUCUGAAAAUGCUAUUACAGUGCAUUAUUAAUUUAUUAAAACACAAUACAUGUAGAGACGAAAAAACACUACAUCUCAUGAAACGACAUAACACUGAACAACCGACACAUCUGACGCAAUCUCGUCGCGCUCCGCGAGCGGUAAGCAGCGAACAGAGAUCACCACUCAACGCUCUUACACUCAAUUUGCCAUCAAAUAAUGCUCUCCGGUGGCGGCGACCAUCAGACGCGCUCGUCGUUUUGAUAAUGAAUUUAAUGAAACCGCGCGAUAUAGCAGCCAAAGCAGCAGCAACAACAACAACAACAACAACAACAACAACAACAACAACAACAACAAAAACCACCCCAACGUCAUAACUCUCCACCUGGGAGCGUUGGUAGCGGCAGUCGGCGCGUCAUCACCCGAGCGAAACAAUUAGGCAGGUCAGGUCUCGGGAGUCGGCGAAACGGCGUUGAAACGAAAGUACAAGUGAGCGUGCUCGUUGAGUCUCGUGCAAGCCUUGUUCACGGAAGGACGUCGGUCGACGUCUAUGUGCUCAUUAGGAGGAUUGCCUACUACUUCUAGGAGAAACCAAACUAGCAGCAGCUGCAUAUGGACGGAUGUUGUAGACUGCCCUUUGUGUAGUGAACGUGCGUGUGAACUUGUGAAUAUUCACGCUUAUUUUGUUACACUUCCCAGUUACCGUGAAUUAGAACGUUGGUGUUGUUUUUGUUACAUUUAUUAUGCAUAUGGCAUUUGUGCGACAGUAAAAAGAGAUCGAGUGUAGCUAUUGUUUGUAUUCAGAGCGUGAGUCAUUUUGGAGUCUGUUGUGAUACGACCUAGAGGGAGGAUACCUUUGAUGUAAACAGUGUCGUCGGAGCGUGUGUGGAAUCAUAAAAUACGUACUCAGUGGAUUAAAUACGAAGAUCCCUGAACGCGAUCCGGGAAGCGACGAUUAGCUGGGCCGUGGAAGAUGGCUGGCUUCGCAUCCCAGGCGGCACUGCGCUCCAAAUGGGGUGACAUAGUCGAUAGUGGCUCGACCAGCAUCGAAACGUCAGAGGUGUCUCAGGGACUGAAGAAUGUCGUCGGCUGGCUCAAACAGGCAUCGGUGGAAGUGCGCGAGGCAGGCAAACGGGCAGUAACCCAGCUCCAAUCAAACACCCCAAAUUUGCUGCACCUGAACCCAGGAACACUGAUCAAGCAGGGCAUACACGUGAAUGACCGCGACAGUAUGAGUUCCAGCGCCGCACAAAAUAAUGACAAGUUAACCAUCAUUCACUAUAACGAUGUGUACAACAUUGAUGCCACCUGCAAGCAGGAACCGAUCGGUGGAGCGGCACGCUUCUGCACUGCGAUCAAAUCCUUCGGACACCUUAAUCCCCUGGUGCUGUUCAGUGGCGAUGCGUUCUCGCCCAGUAUGCUUAGCACUUUUACACGAGGCGAGCAAAUGGUGCCGGUGCUGAACUCCGUUGGAACGCACUGCGCCGUGUUUGGGAACCACGAUUUCGAUCACGGCCUGGACGUGCUCGCCGAGUGGGUCGAGAAGACCACCUUCCCUUGGCUCAUGUCGAACGUAGUGGACAAUGAAACCGGUAGACCGCUUGGAGGCGGUAAAAUUACACACAUUCUGCACCACAACGACAUCAAAGUGGGUCUGAUUGGCCUGGUGGAGAAAGAGUGGCUCGAUACACUGCCAACAAUAGAUCCCAAUGAGGUUACCUAUAUUGAUUUCAUCAAGGCUGGAAACCAGCUGGCGGACGAACUGCACAAUCAAGGGUGUGAUGUGAUCAUUGCACUGACCCACAUGAGAACACCGAACGACAUUGAACUGGCCAAGCACAGUGGACACAUCGAUCUGAUCCUUGGUGGGCAUGAUCAUGUGUUUGAGAUUUUGAACAUCAAUGAUACACACGUGAUCAAGUCGGGUACAGAUUUCCGACAAUUUUCCCGUAUCGGUAUCAACACUGACCGGAAUGAGCACGGAAAAAUCAGUGUCUCGGUAGAGAAAAUAGACGUUAGCUCAACAAAAUACAACGAAGAUCCGACGCUGAAGGAGGAGCUGAAAAAAUACUCAGAAACUAUUGAGUCCAAGAUGGAUGAAGUGUUGGGAACGUUUUCGGUUGAACUGGAGGGAAGAUUUGCGGUGAUACGUACGUCAGAGACGAAUUUGGGCAAUUGGAUUUGUGACGUCGCGUUGGCGGCUACCGGAGCGGAUGCAGUUAUGAUCAAUUCCGGAACAUUCCGGUCCGAUCAAGUCCACCAGGCAGGACCGUUCACGAUGCGUGAUUUGGUUAAUAUUAUACCGAUGCAGGAUCCAUUGAUCGUGCUCGAAGUAACAGGCAAAGUACUACACGAGGCUCUGGAAAAUUCUGUAUCGACCUAUCCGAAACUGGAGGGUCGAUUUCCACAGAUAGCGGGAAUGUCUUUUGCAUUUGAUCCGACGCAACCGCCGGGGCGAAGGGUCGAACCCAGGCUUGUUCGUAUCGGUGACGAAUGGCUCAAGAUGGAUCAAACGUACACCCUAUGCGUGAAGAGUUACAUCUACGGAGGUUGUGAUGGUUACACAAUGUUCAAAGGCUGCAAAGUGUUGAUGGAUGAUGAUGCCGCGCCAGAGCUUGGUCUAGCGAUUCAGAAUCACUUCAAGGCGAUCGAUGUGCGAAUGGGCAAGACGCAUCACACAAAACACCGACAAUCACUGGUUACUCUGUCGCGACGGCACAGCAUGAUUCAGAUGCUUGAAAAUCUAGAGCUUGACGGUCCGACGCCCAUCCGAAGGAAGCUAUCGAUAACGUAUCCACGGCAUGCAAGCAUGGAGCAUGUGAAUCGAGGAAAGCUUCUGAGGAGAGCAUCUCUAGAUGAUCUGGAGCAGAAUAGCUGUCAGUUAGCACCCGCUGUUCAACACCGAAUAAUCGUUGUUCAGAAUGAAGAUCACAUGCAUGAAAUGAUUUUGCGACGAGAAACGAUGGAAAAGAACUCCGUUAUCAAGGAAACGGACGAAUUGACUCCUGUUAGCAUGAAUGGAUUCUACCAGUACAACGGAACCGCAGAAACUUGAGUUGUAAUUGCCUUCUGGAAACCUUCGUCCCAAAGACAAUAGCCCCCGGUGUUGUUCACUAAUGCUGCACAAAAACUACUUUUAACAAUUAAGGAUUAAUUUUUCGCAUGUAAGUGCCUAAAAAUCCCAAUCAAUUUUCACUUAGUUUCCAAAUGACAGAAAGAAUAGGAAAUACAAACUCAUUUUAUAAAAUCGAAGUGUAUUAUAAAUGAAACUGUGACAGUUUUAUUGUCACAGUUUUUCGUCCGUAUUCCUUGUUUGUAUGAAAAAGUGUAAAAAUGUUACGUUCUAUUGUUACUGCCUUUCGUUUUGUGAUUUUAUUCCUACUGUUAAAGUCUACUCCCAAAGUAAACCCGGAUAUAACUGUUGUGAAAUUGUACCUUUUGCUGUAAUGAACCCAUACAUAAGCGCUUAUGAAAGAGAUAUUCAACUCUAACUGUUAGCAGAUUAGAUAAAGUCGACAGGCACCCCUAGAUAUGUGUAUUCAAAGUAAAGGAAAAGUAAUGACUUCGUCGUUGUUAGUUACUGAUUGUAUAGAUUUAUGAAAUAUUACGAAGCCACAGUGUAGAAGAAGAAAACAGUGAGAAAACACUACAACAAUUAAUAAAACAGCAAAGACAGACUAA